AUGGAGCCUCACAUGAUGGAGCCGGUGACGCUUCGCUCGUCUCCUUCACUGGAAGUGGCUCCAGUCCAGUCGGUCAGCUUGCAGGAGUUGAUGAGGGAUCUCCCACGCGAAGUUGUGGAGCAUCAUACGAUCGUAAAGCAGAAGCCCGAAUAUAAAACAGUGGAGAAGCACAUAGAGGUACCCGAGUUCCAGGUGUCCGAGCAGGUCCAGGAGGUUGUCACUCGCAUUACGCAGGAGAAGGUGAUCGAAGUGCCACAGACACACAUACUGGAAACCCUUCGGCAAGUGCCUGUUCCGGAAUACCAAGAGGUUGUGAGGGAGGUGCCUUUGCCCAUUUUGGAAGGAAGAGAGAUGGUGCAGGAGGUGCCGGCGGUUCUGCAGAAGGAGGUUGCAGUGGAAGUGCCCCAGGUGCAGGUUCUGGACUGUGUGAAGCAGGUAGCCCGCAUUGUGGAGCAGAAGGUGCACAAGCCUUUCGCAAAGCCAGUGUAUCAGUUCAGGGAACGCACCGUGGAGGUCCCACAGACACUCGUGCACGAACAGGUCACCGAGGUGCCCGUGCCGGCUCGUUGUGAGCUGGUGAAGCAAGUGGCCAAGGUCGAGGUGCAACAGGUGGAACGCCAAGUGGAGCGGCCCCAGAUCCAGCUCAUGGAGCGCUACGACGAAGUUCCCCAUGUCGAGGUCAGGGAGAACAUCAUCGAGGUCCCUAAAGUUCAGAUGCGUGAGGUCGUACGGCAGGUCCCAAAGGUGGAGGUGCAGUACGUCGAGAAGAAAGUUGCGAAGCCAGUCUUCGAAUAUGUGGAGCGGGUGGUUGAGGUUCCGCAAGUUCUCUACGAGGAGAGGAUUGUAGAGGUUCCCGAGGUUGAAAUCCGAGAGGUCUUGCGCAAGGUGCCCAAGACAUUCGUCCAAUAUGUGGAUAAGCGGAUCCCAAAGAAAGACAUCCGCUACUAUGAGCGUGUAGAAGAAAUUCCCGUUCACCUCCAGCACGAGCAACCUGUAGAGGUGACGCAGGUCAUGGGCGUGGAACAAGUUCGGCAGGUCGCAAAAGUGGAGUGGCAAGACGCUCCGAGAGAGUUCCCAAGGGUGCAGCUGCAGUCGCAGACGAAGCAUGUGGAGGUCCCUAUUCAUUUGGUCCAUGAGAAGCCGGUGGAGGUGGAGGAAGUAGCGGCCGUGGAUAUUGUGACCCAAGUGCUGCGACCGAAGUUUGAGCCGCGGGAGCGUGUGGUCCCAAAGAUUUCGACCGAAGUCCAGGAACGAGUGGUCCACGUACCACAAGUCCUUGUGGAGGAGCAGGCCGUGGAACUCCCACAAGCCAACCUUGUUGAAGUUGUGCGGGAGGAGCUCGCGCCUGUCUACCAGGAAGUUGUCAAGGAAGUUCCGAAGGUGGCCAUGAACUAUAUCGAACGUGUCGUGGAGGUAGAAACCUCCGCCGUGAACGAGAAGCAAGGCCCCAUUCCAGCAGGUAUGGCCGGUAUGGCAGGCAUGCCAGGCUACUCCUCACGACCUGGAACCAGGGCGUUUACUGGGCCCCCCCUGGGCAGUGCGCAGGUGUGGCCCCAGAGUUGCACAGUGCCCUCCACCGUUCGUGGCGCCGGCUCCAUCGCCAGCUCCCGAACACCGUCCCCGAUCCGACUGCAGCCGUCAGGUGUGCAGCUGUCAGGUGUGCAGCUCCAGAUGGAGCCCAUGGCAGGCCUGCCAAUGUACCAAUGCUACAAUUUGUCAAUGUACUCUUCUGGAGCUGGCGUAUCAAUGAGGUCCUUGCUCUGUUCGGUGGUGCAACUGUGCCGGCGGCGCUAUGGAGGCAGUCGAGGCGAUCUAGAUCUCAUGGGGCAAGGCAGUGGGCGCACUUUGAGCUUCUAUGUUUUCCAAGAUUUUUCCAUGCGAGAACAGCAGAACAGCAGCAACAGCCGAGAGUACGCUGCGGCCAUGCUCCUGUUCCAGGGCGACAUCAUGCUGCAGGGCUCUCUGGUCCGAUGGCGGCAUAGGAAAAGCAGCCAGGCGCCGCGCGCUGCGGUGACUCAGCAGAUGCGCUCAUCGACAUCACUGCAGGCAUCCGCCAGCAAUCUCUUUAAGGGCAAGAGCCGAGAACGAAGAGACUUCAGGCGUACACACAGUUUUGCAGCUUCGAUGGAGAGAUGUUCGACAAGCGGCAGUGCGAGGCCAAGAGAUGCGGCCAGGCCAGAGCGGCAUGAGCGGCCGGAUCCAAGGCGUGCAACACGUUCUUCGUCUCCUGCUCUCGAGACCUUUGUGCGGAGCACCAGCGAGCCAGUGAGGGACCAGACGAGUGAGAAGCAACAAGCGCAGCCGGAGAUGACUGAUGCGCAGCCGGAGCCUGUCGAGUCCGUGCAGCUGAGCGGCUUUACGGGCGACAGUGCUUGCUUGAAUGGCACCUUCGUGCCAGAUGGAAACACGGUGAAUGGCAAACAGGUUUACAGCCAGAGCCAGGGAGAAGGUCUCGAGUGCAUGUGGUACCACAACGGUGCCUGGCGCAUCGGCUCCUACAGCUGGUUCAGCAGCAAGGAGCUAGGCCGCUGCCACGCAUACGUGGAGACUAGCGCUCAAGACCUGGGCGAUAUAGCACCUUCUGAAACUUGGAUGAGCUGCGCGGGCACAGUGGGUGGAGACCCAGACGCGGACAAGAGCCUUUUCGAGCCUCAGAUGAGUGCGAAAGCUGCGAAGUUGGCGCUUGACAGCAUCACAAAGCGUUCAACGAGCAAGAAGACCUCGCAAGUGCCAGUGGGCAACACUCGGCUCGCCAACAUUCUAGCCGACCAGUCUUGGCGAAACGAUUUCGACCUGCCCCCAAUGACGCCUCCAAGCAAAGAGAGGGCGCAGUGGCGGUCGCAGGGCAGUAACGAGGAGGUGGCAAAUCCCGAACUGAGCGACCCGCGUGAGAAUGCAGAUUGUGGCAGCCAGUAUGCAAAGAUGGGCAGUGAAAAUCCUCAUGCGGCGAACCUGGACGGAGUCACCACGGUGCGGGCUGCAUGGGAGUUUGCAGUGGCUGAAGCGUUUUCAAUUCACAUCCUGCAGCAUGUAAAAGGCGUCAGUUUGUCAGCGCUCUUCCACCUGAAUGGCAGUGUCUUCCCAUUUGCCACAAAGGUUGCAUUUCCUUGUGCUGUAGUGGCAUUUCUGAUCAAAUAUGGAGAGGUUCAUGAGUGGCCAGUCCUUACGGACAUCCUGGCCCACACGGAGAUGGAUGCCACAGUCUACAACGCAUUCUCAACCCUUCUCGGGAUACUGGUCGUGUUUCGGACCGGGCAAGCCUACAACAGAUUUUGGGAUGGAAGCACGCUGACGCAUCAGAUGCGCGGGGAUUGGUUUGAUGCUGCCAGCAGCAUCAUCUCCUUCACGAGGACAUCCAAAGCAGAUGCCAAGAAACUCUGGGAGUUUCGACAAAUAGUGGUGCGCCUGUUCAGCAUGUUGCAUGCUCUCAGCUUGGCUGAGUUAGAGGAUGACGACGACGAGGAUGAUGACAGAUGGGCCUACCGUCUGCGUGUCAUCGAUGGCACAGGCAUCGAUGUGACCUCCUUGAAAUCCUUGAAGAAGGCAGAAUGCAAAGUCGAGCUGGUCUUCCACUGGAUCCAGUCGAUAGUGGUAUGCAGCAUCGAUUCUGGGAUCAUGUCAGCGCCGUCACCCAUCUUGACGCGAGCAUACAGCGAAUUGGCAAGUGGCAUGGUCAAGUUUCAUGACUGCCUCAAGAUCGCGCGAAUCGCAGUGCCAUUUCCUUAUUCCCAAGCCACGCUGAUGUUGUUGGUUAUUCACUGGGCCCUGACGCCCUUUGUCAUGACGCUGGGAACCCAGACCCCAGCCAUCUCGUGUAUCCUAACCUUCAUUACAGUCUUCAUCCUUUGGAGCUUGCAUUCGAUUGCCAUUGAGCUGGAGAACCCAUUCGGGGCAGAUGCCAAUGACCUGGACGUGCAUGACAUGCAGCACGAUAUGAACAACCGGCUCUUGCUUCUCUUGGACCCUAUCUCGGCGCAGCUGCCAUGCCUGUCGGGGCAGCAUGUGCAGGAUCAUGAGUGCUUGCUCGACAUGGAGCGAGAGCGGGUGAUGCCUUCAUUUGACACUCUGUGGAAGAACUUGGCCACGGAGGUAGAGCAAGGUGCUGACAUCAAACGCGGCCGUCGCAGCAUGGUUCAGCUCCGGCGAGGCUCUUUCAUGGCCAAGAAGUCGGUCAGCCAGGUGUCUCUUACCGAUUAUCAGAAGCGCGUUCAAGAUGUCUUGAGCUCGCCAGAGAAUGCAAAGAAGCCGGCAUGGCCAAGCUUCAUGGGCCGCAUGAUGUCCUCAGGUUCCAAGAAGUCGAAGAGAGCUGGCAGCGACAACUCGUUGCAGCCGGCAUCUACGUCUCCGGGAAAGGAUCUCAGUCAUGGCAAUUCGUCUGCGAGCUGCGGAACAGAGGCCAUGCUCGACUGCGCAUCGAAUGGCCAGCUUGAGUCGGUCAUGGAGUCCGAUGCCGAGAACACGCAUCCUUCCGACUUUUACUGUGGACCAGGGUCGUCGUCCGUGUAUUCCGGACCAUCAAGCCGCGGAAAUUUUCGUUCCGAAGGGUCCUCACCAAGGAAGGUUACGUCUUGGCGGGUGCCGCUUGACAUCGGACCUGGCUGCGAAGUGCAGCGCGCGGAUGCGGAGCCCAGUGGUGCAGUGCUCCAGCCGCAGGCUUCUGCGCAGCACUUGCGAAUGGACGGCUUGGUCAAGGAAGUGUAG